UCGCACCAGACCAUUUCACGGAGCGGAACUUUUCUUAUACGACACCGGCGCGGGAACCAUGGAGAGACAUUUCGUUUGAAAAUGGCGGCGCCCGUCAACGUGAAAAGUGUGAAACAUAAAGUAUAAUGUGAACAUAAAUAAUUCCUCAAGAAACGGAUAUCUGUGAAAUUGCAGCCAGCGUUGAAAUCCUGACUAGAGAGUUCCACUGAUUGCAGCAUGUCUAGUCUAUGUCCGGGAACGCUCUUCUCCUUCCCAGGGUUCAACAAGAAGUCCACCCCUGUGCCCCCUCAGACCACAUCCGAACAAAUAUCCAAGCGGUAUCGCCGGGAACCUUUCAAUGGAAGACCGUGGCCACAAACCAGCCCAGUGGCUGGAGUAUAUGAUGUGGGGUUCUCCUCCACCAGAAUGAUACUGUUCAACAACAGAAAGAAAAAGCAAAGCAAAUUAAGAGGAAACAAUGAUCCCAAGAGUGAAGAAAGUCUGUCUCCUGAUCCAAACAGACAUUACAGAGCCUCUUCGCCUGUUUCAAGAGAUCUGCAUCAUAAUUGUUACAACUCAAUGUCUCCUUACUACACUGAACCUAAGCUCAUCCAAUGGAUGAACUAUAGUGAAAGACCACCACCAACCUAUGAAGAUGGAACUCUAGUAAAUCCAAAGCGUCAUACAAGUUGCUGUGUUCCCACCGAUCCCCUGGCAUUCAGAGUCGGGGUCAAUAAUGACAGACGACCGUACAGUAGAGCGUCGCUUCCUCCCACCUUUCGUUCAAGUCCCAUGUUGAACCAUCCUGACCUUAAGCGAGGAGAAAAGGAGUACAUCGGCAGUAUCGCCAGAAUCUACAGUGCUCAGCAAAUGAUCAAGUUGAAGCAGAAACAAUACAAUCAGCUUCUCUCGUUGGAAAUGGAAAAAGGCUACCACACACCUGAAGAAUACAAUCAGUACAAGAAAUUUAUACAACUUGGGAGGAGACGUCAGUAUUCCCGGCCGUCUCGUGCGAUGUCUGCUCCCCCAGUCAGAUGGACAAAGACAUUUGAAGAGAGUUUGAAAGAUGAUGAUGAUGAUUAUGAUGAAAAAGAGCAAACAACCAAAAAAGAUGCAAGUCCUCGAAGCAAAUCUCCGGUCAACAGUAAAGGCAAGCAAGCCGGACGAGGACACUCUAGCCAAUCAGGAAAAAGACCAGCAAGGCCGUCCACAAGGGAAACAUCAAGAUCAAAAACUCCCACAAAAACUGAAGCUUCCAAACCAGAGCAAAAAGAUGAUGUAGCCUCCAAACCAACACCAGCCACUUCCCAAACUGAACAAAAGGAAGAAACACCAGCUACUCAGCAAACUGAACAAAGGGAAGAAAGCUCUGACACUUCUGAGAGUGACCAAAACUAUUCAGGCAAAAAUAUACACAGGGAAGGAUAUGACAGACCACUCUCUAGACUGGGCCACAUUCCAGAAGCAGACUCUAAAAGCCAAAAGUCUGAACAAGAAACGUCCAGCAACUCUGAAACAGAGACAAAAAAUAAGUCGUCUGUUCAGAAGUCUUCAACAGAGGAAAGUGAAACGCAGCCCACAAGUGAAGCAGACACAACAACGAAAUCUGACCAGAAUAAAGAAUCUGGUAAAUCUGAUGGCAAUACAUCAACAGAAGAUAUCUAUAGGACGUCAACAGACGACACAACAACAUGGUCGACAGACAGAGACAAGACAAAGUCUGACACAGACACAGAGACGGCUCCAAGACCACUGACAGCAGACGACAAGAAGACAGAGACGCUAGCAGAAAACAAACCCAGCGAAUCAGACUCGUAUACCGAUGAUUUUGAAAAAGACACGUCGGAAACAACGGAGAGUUCAAAGAAACCUGUUCCACAGUCACAAGAAAGAGUGGUGUCGUUCAAGAAGGACUCCAACUCUGACUCAGGCAGUUCCUCAGAAGAUCAAUCUCCAGCCAAAAGGAGGGACUCUCUCAGUGAUGAGGAAGAUAUAAGUUCAAGGAGAGAUCCAGAUAAACUAGAAUACUAAAUUACAAAAAAAAAUAAAAAUUUAUUAUCAUCACAGUAUCUAAUGAAUCUGUAUUUUACACAUAACAGUAUUAAUGUUGAAAAAGAAUUUCACUUCUGCACUAUGACUUGCGUUUAAAUAUCAUCAUCAAAAGAUAAUACUUGUUUCAUUAUAAUUUUUAAUUAUUUAUGUUAAGUAGAUAGUGGCCAAUUAAUAUAGACGGACUAUUUUAAUCUAUUGAUGUUGUACAGGCUGUUUUUUAUAAUAGAUUUAUGUUUAGAUAUUUGAUUUUAGAGCAUUCAAAUGUGAUAUGUCAAGUAGAUUUGACUUGUGUGCCAAACAUGUUUUUAUAUAGGAUGGGAAUGUCAUUUGACUCAGACAUUUAGAGAUCUAGAACAGCUAUAUGAUAGCUACGUAUAAUAUACAAAUGUAUAUGUAUAUUGAUGUUUUUUGAUAUGUUGUAGAUGCACUUUGAUGAUAGAUAUGUCUAUUUUUUACAUUAAAAAAAUAUACAGUAAAUUCUUGAUUUUCAAA